GGUAGGAAUUUUCCUUAGAAACGCUUCCUCUUCCACCAUGUUGCUAUGUACCGCAAAGGAUCAUUGGGAUAUGUAGAACUAUUUCACGCGGGUCCACAAAAUUUGUUUGAACAAUGUGCAGAUUUCAACUCGAAUUUCCUCCAUUCGUACACGUUAUCUAUGGAGUUCGCUACGCGAGCGGCGCUUCGCGCCGCCUCGCUGCGCUCGCUAAUAGGUAAAAAAAAUCCCCACUGGUCAAAUGCCUUUAAAUAGAAUGCAUACUUCUUAUUUCUCCGCUAAAAAAAUAUUUACUACAGAUCGAAGGUCAGCGCUCAAUGUGCAGGGUCCCUUAUAUCCGCGAGUCAACAUUCCACGACUGCAUGGGUAAUUUAAGGUGGCCAGUGACUUCGUUAUUGGUUACCCCUCUAGACUCACUCUCUAUGUAGCCUGGCCCUCAUCUGAUUCAGUGUAAGGAAUGACCGGUGAGGGAUACCUUUAAUUAUCUGUCGAGAGGGAUGGGUGAUGGAGAAUCCCCUAAUUUUAGUUCAUCUUUUGCCAGUUUAUCAAAUUCUGGGAAACACGAAUGCUUUCUACACAUUCAGCGACUAACAGAAGGUGAUGACGAUGAGAGUGCUGUUUGUGUGUCUGUUUGUGGUGAAUCACGUGGUUGUACAGAGUGCCCAGGAGAUCAAAGGCGAAAUUUUAGCUAAAGAAUUGGAUAAGGUAGCGGAUUCCGUGGGGUGGUCAUUUCUGCAGAAUGAGUACAACAAUCUGAGGUACCGGGAGACGAAUAUUGAUGGACAGAAUCGUGUUAGAGAGAUUGCAGGUAAAAUCGGGGGACGAAUGAUUGAAGUGGACAAUGCCUUAAAGAGGCUGAAGGAAGCUGUAGAGGAGGACCAGCUGUCGUCUAUUGAGGCUCCUCAGGACUGCUGUGUGGACGGAAAUUACCAAGAAAACAUCCGCUUCAGAACUCAAGUGUCAGAAGCAAAUUUUUGCUAUAGUAAACCGAGCUACGUGAUUGGUAACAAUAUUCGAUACCCGUCUACCAAAGUACUGGAGGCCAUGAAGACGAACUUGAAUGUAAAGCACCUACAGUUCCAGUACAUUGGCCUGAAAUCUGGUCUUUACAUCAAUUACCCAGCCACCAAACUCACAGAUUGUGAUACGUACGAUCCACGAUUCAGACCUUACUAUGUAUCCACGACCACCUCAACGCCGCGCGACGUGGUAGUAGUGAUGGAGACGUCGGCUUCAAUAAGAGGGGAGUAUCUUUUCGAAGCAAAGCAUGCAGCCCUUACCGUAAUGGAGUCCAUGGGCGUGAAUGAUAGAUUCGGAUUGGUUGUUUUCAAUGACAUUGCAAAAACCUUGGUAGGAUGCUACGAAAAUCAACUUGUUCCAGUGACCAGUGCCACAAAAAAGAGUAUGAGGGAGUUCCUUACCUCCCAGAUAGGAGAGGGCGGGGCCAACUAUGCAGCUGCUCUACGUAAAGCUUUCAUGUUUUUUAAGUCAAGUACAGAGGGAUUAACGAGAGAUCAGAUCCUUCUGUUUGUGACUGACGGAGGAAAUUCUGGAGGAAACCCGCUUGAAGUUAUACGAGAUGAGAACCAGGCGCUACAGAAUAGAGUUCUGAUCAAUACAUAUGGCUUAGGCACGCGCUUAAGUACCGACGAUGUCAACUUGUUGAAGAAUAUGGCGGAACAAACAUUGAACAGCGACUCGUACGGAUAUAUAAAGCGAGGAAAGAUCUUCUCGAAUUUAACUUCUUCGUCCCUUCGAGAGAAAAUGGGUACCUUCUACGAUGAUUUCAGCGUCCCUUUGUCAGACUCUCCAACCUAUACACAACCCUACAAAGAUUUCUUCAUCAACGAAUCAAUCAUCACGGGCUGUUUGCCCGUGACGUUAAAUGCAGCCUUUACCGGAGUUGUGUGCGCCGAUGUUUUAGUGAGUGAAUUAGUGGCAGAGAUUUUGUAUCUAAAGCAAGAUGAAAUAUCCUAUGCAUUUAUCAUGGAUGGUAAGGAACGGACAUUGGUUCAUCCUCGACUUCCGGAUCCUCGUGACGUCACAGGAAAGAAACAAGACAUCAACAAUAUCUACAAUUUCGAGACAUCAGGAGAUGUGUUUGAGGUUAUCAACUCAAUGAAAAAGGGUUUGGAUGGAAAUAGAACUUUACAGAAAUCAAUAAUAGAAACCAGGGGCCAAACUUACUUUGAUGGCGACUCACAGCGGAUUAUAACGGCGAAUUUAUAUUGGACCCCUAUUGUAGCCCCAGGGAGCAAUCUUUCUCUUUGCAUUGUGAUGGAACAAAACAGUGAUCUCGGAAAAAUAGACGCUUUACUACAGCCAUUAGAUGGCGACUUUCUUUACCAUCGAUGGGAUUUAAACCAGUGGCCCGCUCCAUUCUGUAAACAUUUCAGUAGAUAUGCUACACAGGCCAAAUCCACCGUAAAAUUGACACCAGAUGCUUUCAAAGAGGCAUCCUCGUACACAGGAAUUACGGAAACGGAAGUUAGAGUCCGGCAGUACAAGGAAUAUUUGUCCGGAGAUCUCUUUACUAACCCAGGUCUGAAAGCAUCAGCAAUCCAAUCUAUACGGUUAACUUACCCAAUGGAAAGAUUCUGGACGACGACGUCAAGGGAGGAGGCGCCUUACUUGGUGUGGCGUUACGUCGCGACUCAAGACGGCGUGAUGAGAGUGUACCCAGGGGUGCGACUGACGGACGACUAUGAUUACAAACUUAGACCAUGGUAUCAUCGAACCGUUUCCCAGAAGUCAGUUAAUGUCAUUUCAGCUCCGUAUGAAGACUCUUGGGGAUCAGGAAGGGUCAUCUCUCUUACAAAAACCAUAUUACAAGGAUGGAAUGGAAAGAAGAUAGAAGCUGUUAUCGGUACCGACUUUUCGUUAUAUUAUUUCAAACAGAUGAUAGAAGAUAUAUAUCCGAUUUGUACGAACAAGACCAAAUACAACUGUAUUUUGAUCGACAACAGUGGUUUCCUAGUAAUGCAUCCCUUUUUCAUAGAAACAACAUCCCCAUUAGAAGGGCAGAUUCAUAUUACAUAUUUGGAGGGUAGGAUUUCCCGCUCUUUGAUUUCAAAAGGAAUAAUGUAUACACAACCCUGUAGAGACACCGAGAAUAAAAAGGAACAGUUUACUUAUAGGGUGAAGCUACCUCAAUCUUCAAAUGGGAUAGACGAUUCAUUGGAAGGUUAUCAACUACGUCCGGUGAAUGGCUCCAACGUGUUCCUUAUACUGAAACAGAGACGUCUGAACGACGAGGACAGAUGUUGUACGACAGAGUAUUUCACAUCACCUAGCUCAAUAAAAUGUGGGAGUGGACAAUGCAGUUGUCUUUGUUACAAGGAUCUAUCCUUCGACGAAUGCCAAAAUGCAUACACAGACAUGGAUGGCUUUGUUCCGUGUAGUCCACAGUUACCGACCUUGAGGUCAGUUAGUACACCGGAAGAGGAUAAAACUAGGAAUCUACCAACAUGUUUUCCCACCGACUGCUCUUGUCGGAAAACGGAGAGGGAGUGUUUCCGAACAUCAGGCUGUUCAUGGUGUACGAGUAGUAAUGAAGGAUAUCUUGUUAACGGAUUCUGUGAUCUAAAGGAAAUAUGCCCUUCUCAGCAGUGUAUCAAAGAUGAUUGCAGUCCAAAAUGUUGUGGACCAGAGUGCAAGCAAUCUCCGCAAUCAAAAGGAAAUGUUGGACUCUAUGUCGGUGUAGCAGUGGGUGUCUGUGUGCUUAUAGCCAUUGUGAUCACCGUCGCAGUUUUCUUUGUUCGGAAACGAAACAGUGAUGGACUAGACAAUCCUAAACAUAACACAUACCUUGAACCAACAAGUGGAAUUGACUUGGCCCACAUAUCCACCAUAGAGAAUGACUCUUACCACACGACUCCCACAGAGCAAGACUCUUACCAUACGAUUCCUGAUAGUCAUUUUGGUUAUAUGAAUGGUAAUUCAAACGUAAGAACUAACAUGGAAACCAGCUAGUUAUAUAUUGAGAGAAUGUGAAAUAAGUUAAGAAAGCCUCUCGAUAACAAGUGUUGUCCUGGUUUUCAGUUCUCUACAUUUAGGAGACCUUGUUGGUCAAUGCUGGACUGUAAGAGUGGGAUAAUCACAUCGCGAAGAAGAGAUGUGUUUUCCGAUAUCAGAGCUGUUCCAAAUUUGAAAGCUAAAAUGAUUGGACUAUUGUAUUACUAAUUGAUACAUCAUUGCUAAACUAUGAAUAUAAAAAAUGAUUUGGCAGGUGAUUAAUUGGUCAGCUUUUCCUAGUGUAAAAUCCUUAGAAACAAAAAUUAUUUAUUAUCUACAUUUGUCUUUUAAAUCCAUUUUUUGACUUUAUUAUAUGUAAAAUACCUUUCAGAGGAUAAAAUAAAUCAUUGUGAAAUAAUAAAUAAAAUAGCUAAUGAUGACCAAUAAAUUAGCUGUUUUUACAGUUGUUUGAGUAAAUACAAAGCAUACCACACCUACCUCUUUAAGAUCUUGUAAAGGAGGUUAGCAGUUUUGACCAAAUAACACUCUUCAUGACCUAAAUUAAAUUUUGAUAACUUUUUAAAGUUGCAGACGUUUCGUUCAUUUGAAUAAGAAUUUGUGCGUUUGGCAAACUGAAUCAGAAACAGUCAAGAAAAUGAAAGGGGUAAAAGACGUUCAUAAGUAUUUAUAUCUAAACAAGAGUAUGAUCAAUAAAUAUGUGAACGAGACUUAUUUGUAAAAUUCGAUGCCAUAUCAGGGUAACUAAGUUGAUUGAUACCAUCUCUGUUAACAUGAAUUGUUUGAUAAAUAUGAGCUGUAUUUAUCAAAAAGUUAUUUUGCUUCAAAACCAUUCUUUUGUGAUUUUGUGAUAAAUCUGUAUGUUACAAAUGUAUUUUAAACUUUCAUGCUACUGUAAAACGAGAAAAUUUGGCACAUACGUAUUUUAGCGCAAACGCAAGUGCCAGUACAUUAGCGCAAUUAUAUUUUAGUGCAUGCAUCUUUUCUUUAAAAAAGAAUACAAAAAAUGGUGUUGUUUGAUAAACGAUCACGCCCAAAAUUUAGUUCUGUGAUUUUGAUUUUGAUUUCUAUCUCGCAUGCACGGUAAACUGUCGUUGAGAACAAUACACUUACUUUUGUGUAAAUCGUUAGUAGAUAGAUAUGAAAACUUCAUUUAUUGGU